UUCUCUAGCCCAAUUACUUACCCACAGCCCAAUUUUCAAACCCCUUCAGUUUAGCCUCAAGAGUUCUAUUCAUCAAUUCCCAAACACUAGCAAAACCAAAUCGGCAAAUUCCCUUUUUAACCGCCGCUGUCUUCCGCCGCCCGCCGCCCGCCGCCCGCCGCCGCCGGUUGUAAGGUGAAGUGAUUUUCCGUCAUUACAGACAAGAUGAAGAUUGUACGAAAUGUAUUAUGGACUGCAAAUGCUUGUCUAUCUCGUUCUUCUUCUCAUCAUCCUCAAGUUUAUCGGACCUUUUCCGCACUUCCAAAUUUUGCCCCUGAUGAUAAGCAAAACACCAACUCAUUUGGGUCCGCUGAAGACUUUGAAAGACGAAUUUUGGGUGAUAGUACGGGUAACAAGCCAAGUCCAAACUCCUUUUUUAGAAAGCUCGGUAAGGUUGAAAAGGCUUAUGAUAGAUCUGGUCUGGGGUCCAUGUUCGGUUCUGGAAACAGAUCUAGUAUCCUUGAUGGUCUGGGUGAGAGUUUUAAUACAUUAUCAGAUGGGAUGGAUGGAAAGCUGAAGGAAGCAGCCAGCUAUUUUGAGUUUGAUCCAAAUGAAGUAGAGAAAGAAGAUUAUGCUUACAGAGCUGACAUGACCUUUUGGCCUGGGAACACUUAUGAACUCAAGGAUAUUGAUCUUAAAAAACCAGGAGUUCGCAAGCCCAAAAGAAGGGUUGAAUUCGAAACUACAACGGAGGAAGUUUUGCGCAAAGCUGAUUUCAGGAAUGUGAGGUUCCUAGCUAAUUUCAUCACCGAGGCUGGAAUUCUCGUCAAGAGAAGCAAGACUGGAAUUAGUGCCAAGGCCCAAAGAAAGAUAGCCAGGGAGAUAAAAACUGCCAGAGCUUUUGGUCUGAUGCCUUUUACAACUAUGGGAACAAAGCAGUUUGUAUUUGGCAGAACAAUGGAGGACCUUGACGCAGAUUAUGAAUAUGAGAUGUACGACUCCAAUUUUGUUGAUACAGAAGCUGGCCGGGAAUCCCCUUUUAAGGCUUAAAAGAUUCUACUAGUUAGUACGUGUUUUAAUUAACAAUGGUUCGUCGUUGGGAACGUGUAUUUCAGUUAUGGCUAAGGGCCGAUUUGCAGAUGAGGAAUUAGCAUACUAACUCGCUUUCAUCCUAUCAAAAGAUGCUCUCGGGGUGUGUUUCAAUUACAUAAUGCCUCAAAGGACUGCCUUACAUAAUACACACGGGUUUCAUUGUACAUCAGUGAUUUAGUUGUUGGAGCUCUCCUUUGGUGGUUGUCUUUUGGUUCAUUUUGCGGAUGUUCAAAAUUAAUUGUUGGCUCUACUUCUGUUUUCUGAAUACUUAAGGGGGAAAACGAAUAAAAAGGUGGCUUCAAAGUGGAGUAGAUUGAGUUUAUAAUUGAUAUAAUUACCUGCUUUCUCCAGAGUGUUUUCAGUUUUGGCUUGACAUGGGUUGAAAAUAGUGUGUGAUUUGGUUCAGUGGAGUUGAAUGGAACUUCAAAUUUAUUAGUAGUUUAUUAUGUUUGCAAUUGUUUGUGGCUCA